AUGGAGCAGAAUAGAAGAAGGGGAAGACCUCGAGUUUAUGCCAACGAAAGCGAACGCCUACGCAUGAGGAGACAGCGCGAAACAGAACAAGAAAGGACUGUCCGUUUGGAGACCGAAUAUUCACGCCAGCAUCAAAGGCGACAGAACGAGAAUGUGGAGGACAGGGAAAGGCAACAACAGAGGCGCGACUCAGAGGGCGUUGAUCAGCGAGCGGCUAGAAUGGAGGUGAAUGCCCAACGACAGCGAAGGAGGCGUCAGUCGGAAAGCAUCGGGGAACGACAAGUUAGAAUGGAGAUGAAUGCCCAACGACAGCGAAGGAGGCGUCAGUCGGAAAGCAUCGGGGAACGACAAGUUAGAAUGGAGAUGAAUGCUCAACGACAACGAGGUCGACGUGAAUCGGAAGGCAUUAGGGAACGACAAGUUAGAAUGGAGGCGAACGCCACACGGCAGCAAAGAAGGCGUCAACUAGAAACCGCUGAGGAACGGGACGCCAGAUUGCAAUCGAACGCUCAAACUCAACAAAGAAGACGCGCAUCUGACAGUGCAGAGGAGAGAGCGUCUAGAUCGCAAGUGGAGGCUGAGCGCCUCCAACGAAGACGCGAAGUAGAAAGCAGCGGAGCGCGAGCAGCUCGACUUCGAGAGGACGCUGAACGACAUCAACGACGUCGCACCCAAGAAACCGAGCAUGAGCGAUCUAUUCGAUUACAAGCAAAUGCUUCAGCUAAUCGUCGACGACGAAACAGACCACCAUCGACUACGGGAGCUGCAUUGCACACGCGCAUAGCAGAAAAGCAUUAUCUAGGAGAGCUGAACCAACGAUGUGUAGAUUGCGGAGCCUUGCACUUUCUUAGCGAAGUCAAGGCCAAUCAUCCGGGAAAGUUUCGAGAGUGUUGCGACCUUGGAAGAUUCACACUUAAUUUUUUCGAGAGCUUUCCUGAAGAGCUGCGUGUUCUCUUUGUACGCGGACCUGAACCAAGUGAAGAAGUGCGGCGUGUCUGGAAGAAUUUUCAUGAAAACAUAAGAUCUUUCAACUCCGCAUUAGCGAUGGCUUCCAUGGGUGCGCAAGUUGAUGCGCUGCAAGGACGUGGGCCCUACUGUUACCGAAUUCAUGGGCAGAUUUACCACAGGCUAGGACCUCUCCACCCCAGAGUUGGAGAACCACGUCAAUACGGCCAGAUAUACAUACUGGACACGGAGCUUGCUGCACAGCAGCGUCUCGGAAACGCCAGAAACAUAAUCUAUGUUGGAGAAGACAACGAUGUGCCGGCAAACAGAAGUCUAGCAGUUCAUCUGCGUGGUACUGCAGAAGAUCAGCUGAUCAACAUCCGUGAUAUCGACAAAAUCUGUGACCCGCUGACGUAUCCGCUCCUGUUCCCUACUGGCGCAGGUGGUUGGGAGCCUGGCUUGAGAAAUAGAGAGGGAGCACGUAUUUCACAAAGAGAGUACUACGCAUAUCUGUUUUCCAUACGGGACACUUUCAAUCCGAUUCUAUAUGCCGGAAAGUUAUGCCAACAAUUUGCGGUUGACGCCUACGUUAAGAUUGAACAGAAUCGUCUCAAUUUCCAUCGCAGAAACCAGCUCAUUCUACGCCGUGACACUUACAGAGGUUUGCAGGAUUAUUUGGCGGGAGAUGACAACUUUGGACCUCCUGGAAACCGUGUGGUUCUGUCGUCAUCGCAUUUAGGUAGUCCUCGAGGAAUGCAGCAGGCGUAUCAAGAUGCAAUGGCGAUUGUAGCUCGGUAUGGAAGGCCAACAUACUUUCUGACGAUGACAUGUAAUCCGCAAUGGAGGGAACUAAGAGAAAACCUCUUUCCUGGACAGUCGACAUCUGAUCGACCUGAUUUAGUGGCACGUGUGUUUAACGCGAAGUUGCAGGAACUUUGCAAGGACCUGUUCAAGAAGCACGUUUUGGGCGAAGUGGAAGCUUAUGUUUACGUCAUUGAAUUCCAAAAACGAGGUUUACCACACUGCCACAUGCUCCUGAUUAUGAAAGACGACUGGAGAGUGCGCACCGCGGAAGAAGUGGAUAAAUCUGUAUGCGCAGAGAUCCCAAACAGAGAAGCAGAACCUGAGCUGUAUGCUGCUGUGACCUCCUACAUGAUCCAUCGAAAAUGCGGAGCCGUGGAUCCCCGUUCUCCUUGCAUGCAAAAUGGAUCAUGCUCGAAGAGGUUUCCGAAACAGAUUCGCGAAAGGACCACUCUCGACGUAGAUGGAUAUCCCAACUAUAGACGUCGUAAUCUUUCACCUACCGAAAUCAAUGGUAUUCCUUACGGGGAUGAAUGGGUGGUACCAACAAACCCGUAUCUUCUCCUCAAGUACGACUGCCACAUCAACGUUGAAAUUUGCGGCAUGAUCUCAGCGGUCAAGUAUCUCUAUAAGUACAUUUAUAAAGGGCCAGAUCGUGCUCACAUUAGCAUCGAAAACGAACCAGCCGUAGGCGACAAUCAGGCCAUCGAUGAAAUCAAACAGCACCUCAAUACCCGCUAUGUGUGCGCCCCGCAAAGCAUGUACCGAAUUUUUGGGUACACCAUACAGGACAAAUCUCAUACGGUUUGCAGGUUGGCUGUCCACCUGCCUGAGCUUCAGACUGUGCGAUUUGUCCAAGGACAAGAGCAGCAGUACCUGGAGCAAGCUGGAAGGAAAUUUCACAACUCUGACAGCAUUUUUCGAGUUGAACAGGCGAUGCAAUGA